CUUCCGUCCAAUGGGAAGAAUUGGUCGUAUACAAACUUUCAGCUCAAGCACCACCAGGCUCAUCAUUUCAACAGUGUGCGUGUCUUGAACAACAUAGCUAAGAACUUGGCCCACUGCAGAGAAAUACUAUUGGCCUGGGUAAACGAGCGUGAAGAUGUACUCGACAGUCGAAAGAAUGCGAAAGGACUACCUACUGAGGUUUUGGAAAGCCAUUCCACCGUGUCGAAAUGUGAAGGUCUACAAGUUCUUGUUAGAAGCGGAUCCUUUUGGACUACCUACUCACCAGCGAGAGUUAUGGUAACUAACGAGUGGUUUAUCUUGGGGGCACAUUGGUUCGCCAGAGCGCUUGUUGGCAUCCCUGUUCGCAUAGUCCCAUGAUGCCUUAUGUCCACGAGGUCCUGGGGCUCUGGGCGACUCGGAUUCAGACAGGAUUCGAACAGGACACAGCGUGUUCACCCAGUGACCUAUCAGAGCAGCACUGUUUCCUUGCUAGCUUUAGGAUCGACCUGAUGGAUCCAUCCUCUGCGCUCCAGGAGCUUGCUAUUCAGGCAGUCCCGAUACAGCAUCAAUCUAAAUGGCGAAAUCAGUCUCAAUCAGGGCAAGAUACCUCUGCGGGGCAAUACCUCCAUAGCCAUCCUCUGGGGCCGAUAUUCCAUGGAGACCUGAAAGGUGCAAGUAUGCUUAAUGUACUGGUGUCCAGUGAUCGUCGAGCACUACUUAGUGACUUUGGUCUUUCCACCCUCCAAAAAUCUACCUUCAGCAUGACAGAAGGGGACGUGUGGGCAUUUGGAAUGACUGUUUUGGAGUUGUUUACUCGACUAAUACCUUUCCAUGAUUGUCCGCAUUUUGCCAAUGUGAUGCAUAGGUUAGAAUCCACCCUUUCCCGCAUGACAGAUGCAUGGUGGGAAAUAUGCACAUCGUGCUGGCGACGUGAACCUUCAGCACGUCCCUUGAUGAAGGACCUGAUAGAGACAGUGCCAUUCUCAAAAGAUGUCAUGGUCUGUCCGCUGCAAUCCCUGGAAAAUAUUAUCAGUUCUGACCCAUUGCUUCAGCCACAUCUGUCACCCCUUCGAGAUAGUCAACCUUGGCGAUCAACUUCAGUUAUGCUUCACGACUUUCUACCAUCAUGCUGGGGCAUACUGACAAGGUUUUGUCAGUUGCCUUCUCACCUGAUAGAAAACAGCAUCGGGUGGGUGCGGUCAGUUGCAUUCUCGCCAGACGGGGAAUGGGUUGUGUCAGGUUCUUAUGACAAGACUGUUUGUCUGUGGGGGCACUCAUCGAAGGUCUUGAUUGUGGUCUCUGGUUCUACUGACAAAACAAUUCGUUUAUGGGAUGUUCACGUUGAAGCCCCAUCUGGCUUGCCACUUGAAGGCCAUACUGGUGCAUAUGGCACCAGGAUCGUGUCUGGCUCUCAUGACAAAACCAAGACCAGAGCACAGCUGGAAGAUGCCCUAGAAGGCCACACUGGCAUGGUUUACACAGUCGCUUUUUCACCGGACGGCCACAUGGUUGUGUCGGGUUCCGAGGACAAUACUCUCUGCUUAUGGGACGCACGCGCUGAAAUAGCAGUUGGUCAUCCUCUGAUAGGACACAGUGGGGCAGUGAAUUCAGUUGCAUUCUCGCCGGAUGGAAUGUGGGUGGUAUCAGGUUCUGUAGAUACCAAUGUUUUUCUGUGGGAUGUUCGCACAGGUGUUCAGGUGGGCACAGCUCUGAAGGGGAAUGCUGGAUGGGUUCGUUGUGUUGCGUUUUCACCUUAUGGCAGGGAGAUUAUUGCAGGGACUGAGGACAGGAGUAUCUGCCUAUGGAAUGCAAGAGUACACUAGAUGAUCAAAUCCAGAAAAUACAUAUGUGGAAGGGUAAUAGGUAUAUAUAUCCGUGCAUGCACAUAUUCUGCGCAUGGGGUUAUAAAUGUGAUUCCAGACGCAGAACUUCUGGGUCAUGUUCAACCGUGUCUGCACCUGAUAGUGACACCUACAUGUAUGGCGUGCCACACUAUCAUUCUUAUUGCCCCAUCACAGUACGUCCCCAUCCGCGCUCGGCUCAUAUCUCCCCUUGAGCCGAGCAUCUUAUAAGAUGUCUGCAUGUAGAACCUGUAGAAUUUUCCUGUCUAGUACUGGAGCUUGGGUGGCAAGCUGCUGAUGACGGGUUCUGCUAGCAGGCGGUUUCCUCAUCC